CCCGCCCCAUUCUCCCACUUUCCAUGACCCCGCCCCAUUCUCUUGCUUUCCAUCACCCCACUCCAUUCUCCCGCUUUCCAUCACCCCGCCCCAUUCUCCCUCUUUCCAUCACCCCUCCCCAUUCUCCCUCUUUCCAUCACCCCGCCCAAUUCUACCUCUUUCCAUCACCCACCCCAUUCUCCCGCUUGCCAUCACCCCGCCCCAUUCUCCCGCUUCCCAUCAUCCCGCCCCAUUCUCCCGCUUUCCAUCACCCCGCCCCAUUCUCCCUCCUUCCAUCACCCCGCCCCAUUCUCCCGCUUUCCAUCACCCCGCCCCAUUCUCCCGCUUUCCAUCACCCCGCCCCCUUCUCCCUCCUUCCAUCACCCCGCCCCAUUCUCCCUCCUUCCAUCACCCCGCCCCAUUCUCCCGCUUUCCAUCAGCCCGCCCCAUUCUCCCGCUUUCCAUCACCCCGCCCCAUUCUCCCGCUUCCCAUAACCCCACCCCAUUCUCCCGCUUUCCAUCACCCUGCCACAUUUUCCCGCUUUCUAUCACCCCGCCCCAUUCUCCCGCUUUCCAUCACCCUGCCACAUUCUCCCGCUUUCCAUCACCUUGCCCCAUUCUCCCACUUUCCAUCACCCCGCCAUCUUCUUCCUCUUUCCAUCACCCCGCCCCAUUCUCCCGCUUUCCAUCACCCCGCCCCAUUCUCCUGCUUUCCAUCACCCUGCCCCAUUCUCCCGCUUUCCAUCACCCCGCCCCAUUCUCCCGCUUUCCAUCACAUCGGCCCAUUCUCCCUCUUUCUAUCACCCCACCCCAUUUUCGCUCUUUCCAUCACACCGUCCAAUUGUCCUGCUUUCCAUCACCCCGCCCCAUUCUCCCGCUUUCCAUCACCCCGCUCCAUUCUCCCGCUUUCCAUCACCCCGCCCAAUUCUCCCUCUUUCCAUCACCCCUCCCCAUUGUCCCUCUUUCCUUCACCCACCCCCAUUCUCCCGCUUUCCAUCACCCCGCCCCAUUCUCCCUCUUUCCAUCACCCCGCCCCAUUCUCCCGCUUUCCACCACCCCGCCCCAUUCUCCCUCUUUUCAUCACCCCGCCCCAUUCUCCUUCUUUUCAUCACCCCGCCCCAUUCUCCCUCUUUCCCUCACCCCGCCUCAUUCUCCCUAUUUCCAUCACCAAGAAACAUUCUCCCGCUUUCCAUCACCUUGCCCCAUUCUCCCGCUUUCCAUCACCCCGCCCCAUUCUCCCGCUUUCCAUCACAUCGGCCCAUUCUCCCUCUUUCCAUCACCCCACCCCAUUUUCGCUCUUUCCAUCACACCGUCCAAUUGUCCUGCUUUCCAUCACCCCGCCCCAUUCUCCCGCUUUCCAUCACCCCGCUCCAUUCUCCCGCUUUCCAUCACCCCGCCCAAUUCUCCCUCUUUCCAUCACCCCUCCCCAUUGUCCCUCUUUCCUUCACCCAGCCCCAUUCUCCCGCUUUCCAUCACCCCGCCCCAUUCUCCCUCUUUCCAUCACCCCGCCCCAUUCUCCCGCUUUCCACCACCCCGCCCCAUUCUCCCUCUUUUCAUCACCCCGCCCCAUUCUCCUUCUUUUCAUCACCCCGCCCCAUUCUCCCUCUUUCCCUCACCCCGCCUCAUUCUCCCUAUUUCUAUCACCAAGCAACAUUCUCCCGCUUUCCAUCACCCCGCCCCAUUCUCCCUCUUUCCAUCACCCCGCCCCAUUCUCCCGCUUUCCAUCACCUUGCCCCAUUAUCCCUAUUUCCAUCACCUCGCCCCAUUCUUCCGCUUUCCAUCACCCCGCCCCAUUCUCCCGCUUUCCAUCACCCCGCCCCAUUCUUCCGCUUUCCAUCACCCCGCCCCAUUCUCCAGCUUUCCAUCACCCCGCUCGAUUCUCCCGCUUUCCAUCACCCCGCCCCAUUCUCCCGCUUUCCAUCACCCCGCCCCAUUCUCCCUCUUUCCAUCACCUCGCCCCAUUCUCCCGCUUAUUAUCACCCUGUCCCAUUCUCCUGCUUUCCAUCACCCCGCCCCAUUCUCCUGCUUUCCAUCACCUCGCCCCAUUCUCCCUCUUUACAUCACCCCGCCCUAUUCUCCCUCUUUCCAUCACCCCGCCCCAUUCUCCCGCUUUCCAUCACCCCGCCCCAUUCUUCCGCUUUCCAUCACCCCGCCCCAUUCUCCCGCUUUCCAUCACCGCUCCCCAUUCUCCCGCUUUCCAUCACCCCGCUCCAUUUCCCCGCUUUCCAUCACCACACCCCAUUCUCCCGCUUUCCACCACCCUGCCACAUUCUCCCGCUUUCCAUCACCCCGCUCCAUUCUCCCGCUUUCCACCACCCUGCCACAUUCUCCCGCUUUCCAUCACCCCAGCCCAUUCUCCCGUUUUCCAUCACCCCGCCCCAUUCUCCCACUUUCCAUCACCCCGCCCCAUUCUCCCGCUUUCCAUAUCCCCUCCCCAUUCUCCCUCUUUUCAUCACCCCGCCCCAUUCUCCCGCUUUCCAUCACCCCGCCCCAUUCUCCCGCUUUCCACCACCCUGCCCCGUGAUCCCGCUUUCCAUCACCCUGCCCCAUUCUCCCGCUUUCCAUCACCCCGCCCCAUUCUCCCGCUUUCCAUCACCGCGCCCCAUUCUCCCGCUUUCCAUCACCCCGGCCCAUUCUCCCGUUUUCCAUCACCCCACCCCAUACUCCUACUUUCCAUCAUCCCGCCCCAUUCUCCCGCUUUCCAUCACCCCGCCCCAUUCUCCCGCUUUCCAUCACCCCGUCCCAUUCUCCCUCUUUUCAUCACCCCGCCCCAUUCUCCCUCUUUCCAUCACCCCACCCCAUUCUCCCGCUUUCCAUCAGCCCGGCCCAUUCUCCCUAUUUCCAUUACCCUGCCGCAUUCUCCCACUUUCCAUCACCCCGCCCCAUUCUCCCGCUUUCCAUCACCCCGCCCCAUUCUCACGCUUUCCAUCACCCCGCCCCAUUCUCUCUCUUUCCAUCACCCCGCCCCAUUCUCCCUCUUUCCAUCACCCCGCCCCAUUCUCCCUCUUUCCAUCACCCCGCCCCGUUCUCCCUCUUUCCAUCACCCCGCCCCAUUCUCCCUAUUUCCAUCACCCCGCCCCAUUCUUCCGCUUUCCAUCACCCCGCCACAUUCUCCAGCUUUCCAUCACCCCGCCCCAUUCUCCCGCUUUCCAUCACCCCGCCCCAUUCUCCCGCUUUCCAUCACCCCGCCCCAUUCUCCCGCUUUCCAUCACCCCGCCCCAUUCUCCCGCUUUCCAUCAACCCGCCCCAUUCUUUCGCUUUCCAUCACCCUGCCCCAUUCUCCCGCUUUCCAUCACCUUGCCCCAUUCUCGUGCUUUCCAUCACCCCGCCAUAUUCUUCCUCUUUCCAUCACCCCGCCCCAUUCUCCCGCUUUCCAUCACCCCGCCCCAUUCUCUUGCUUUCCAUCACCCCGCCCCAUUCUCCCGCUUUCCAUCACCCCGCCCCAUUCUCCCUCUUUCCAUCACCCCACCCCAUUUUUGCUCCUUCCAUCACACCGUCCCAUUGUCCCGCUUUCCAUCACCCCGCCCCAUUCUCCCGCUUUCCAUCACCCCGCUCCAUUCUCCCGCUUUCCAUCACCCCGCCCAAUUCUCCCUCUUUCCAUCACCCCUCCCCAUUGUCCCUCUUUCCAUCACCCAGCCCCAUUCUCCCGCUUUCCAUCACCCCGCUCCAUUCUCCCUCUUUCCAUCACCCCGCCCCAUUCUCCCGCUUUCCAUCACCCCGCCCCAUUUUCCCUCUUUUCAUCACCCCGCCCCAUUCUCCUUCUUUUCAUCACCCCGCCCCAUUCUCCCUCUUUCCAUCAUCCCGCCUCAUUCUCCCUAUUUCCCUCACCAAGCAACAUUCUCCCGCUUUCCAUCACCCCGCCCCAUUCUCCCUCUUUCCAUCACCCCGCCCCAUUCUCCCGCUUUCCAUCACCCCGCCCCAUUCUCACGCUUUCCAUCACCCCGCCCCAUUCUCCCUCUUUCCAUCACCCCGCCCCAUUCUCCCUCUUUCCAUCACCCCGCCCCAUUCUCCCUCUUUCCAUCACCCCGCCCCGUUCUCCCUCUUUCCAUCACCCCGCCCCAUUCUCCCUCUUUCCAUCACCCCGCCCCAUUCUCCCGCUUAUUAUCACCCCGUCCCAUUCUCCUGCUUUCCAUCACCCCGCCCCAUUCUCCUGCUUUCCAUCACCCCGCCCCAUUCUUCCGCUUUCCAUCACCCCGCCCCAUUCAGCCUCUUUCCAUCACCCCGCCCCAUUCUCCCUCUUUCCAUCACCCCGCCCCAUUCUUCCGCUUUUCAUCACCAUGCCCCAUUCUCCCUCUUUCCAUCACCUCGCUCCAUUUCCCCUCUUUCCAUCAGCCCGCCCCAUUCUCCCGCUUUCCACCACCCUUCCCCAUUCUCCCGCCUUCCAUCACCCUGCCCCAUUCUCCCGCUUUCCACCACCCCGCCCCAUUCUCCCGCUUUCCAUCACCCCGCCCCAUUCUCCCGCUUUCCAUCACCCCGCCCCAUUCUCCUGCUUUCCAUCACCCCGCCCAAUUCUCCCGCUUUCCAUCACCCCACCCCAUUCUCCCGCUUUCCAUCACCCUGCCCCAUUCUCCCGCUUUCCAUCACCCCGACCCAUUCUCCCUCUUUUCAUUACCCUGCCCCAUUCUCCCUCUUUCCAUCACCCCGCCCUAUUCUCCCUCUUUCCAUCACCCCGCCCCAUUCUCCCGCUUUCCAUCACCCCGCCCCAUUCUCCCGCUUUCCAUCACCCCGCCCCAUUCUCCCGCUUUCCAUCACCCCGCCCCAUUCUCCCGCUUUCCAUCACCCCGCCCCAUUCUCCCGCUUUCCAUCACCCCGCCCCAUUCUUCCGCUUUCCAUCACCCCGCCCCAUUAACCCUCUUUCCAUCACCUCGCCCCAUCCUCCCUCGUUCCAUCACCGUGUCCCAUUCUUCCGCUUUUCAUCACCCCGCCCCAUUCUCCCUCUUUCGAUCACCCCGCCCCAUUCUUCCGCUUUUCAUCACCCCGCCCCAUUCUCCCUCUUUCCAUCACCCCGCCCCAUUCCCUCUCUUUCCAUCAGCCCGCCCCAUUCUCCCGCUUUCCACCACCCUGCCCCAUUCUCCCGCUUUCCAUCACCCUGCCCCAUUCUCCAGCUUUCCAUCACCCUGCCCCAUUCUCCCGCUUUCCAUCACCCCACCAUAUUCUUCCUCUUUCCAUCACCCCGCCCCAUUCUCCCGCUUUCCAUCACCCGGCCCCAUUCUCUUGCUUUCCAUCACCCCGCCCCAUUCUCCCGCUUUCCAUCACUCCGCCCCAUUCUCCCGCUUUCCAUCACCUCGCCCCAUUCUCCCGCUUUCCAUCACCCUGCCCCAUUCUCCCUCUUUCCAUCACCCCGCCCCAUUCUCCCGCUCUCCAUCACCCCGCCCCAUUCUCCCGCUUUCCAUCACCCCGUUCCAUUCUUCCGCUUUCCAUCACCCCGCCCCAUUAACCCUCUUUCCAUCACCUCGCCCCAUCCUCCCUCGUUUUAUCACCGUGUCCCAUUCUUCCGCUUUUCAUCACCCCGCCCCAUUCUCCCUCUUUCGAUCACCCCGCCCCAAUCUUCCGCUUUUCAUCACCCCGCCCCAUUCUCCCUCUUUCCAUCACCCCGCCCCAUUCCCUCUCUUUCCAUCAGCCCGCCCCAUUCUCCCGCUUUCCACCACCCUGCCCCAUUCUCCCGCUUUCCAUCACCCCACCAUAUUCUUCCUCUUUCCAUCACCCCGCCCCAUUCUCCCGCUUUCCAUCACCCGGUCCCAUUCUCCUGCUUUCCAUCACCCCGCCCCAUUCUCCCGCUUUCCAUCACUCCGCCCCAUUCUCCCGCUUUCCAUCACCUCGCCCCAUUCUCCCGCUUUCCAUCACCCUGCCCCAUUCUCCCUCUUUCCAUCACCCCGCCCCAUUCUCCCGCUUUCCAUCACCCCGCCCCAUUCUCCCGCUUUCCAUCACAUCGGCCCAUUCUCCCUCUUUCCAUCACCCCACCCCAUUUUCGCUCUUUCCAUCACACCGUCCCAUUGUCCCGCUUUCCAUCACCCCGCCCCAUUCUCCCGCUUUCCAUCACCCCGCUCCAUUCUCCCGCUUUCCAUCACCCCGCCCAAUUCUCCCUCUUUCCAUCACCCCUCCCCAUUGUCCCUCUUUCCAUCACCCAGCCCCAUUCUCCCGCUUUCCAUCACCUCGCCCCAUUCUCCCUCUUUCCAUCACACCGCCCCAUUCUCCUGCUUUCCAUUACCCCUCCCCAUUCUCCCUCUUUUCAUCACCGCGCCCCAUUCUCCUUCUUUUCAUCACCCCGCCCCAUUCUCCCUCUUUCCAUCACCCCGCCUCAUUCUCCCUAUUUCCAUCACCAAGCAACAUUCUCCCGCUUUCCAUCACCCCACCCCAUUCUCCCUCUUUCCAUCACCCCGCCUCAUUCUCCCGCUUUCCAUCACCCCGCCCGAUUCUUCCGCUUUCCAUCACCCCGCCCCAUUCUCCUGCUUUCCAUCACCCCGCCCCAUUCUCCCUCUUUCCAUCACCCCGCCCUAUUCUCCCGCUUAUUAUCACCCCGUCCCAUUCUCCUGCUUUCCAUCACCCCGCCCCAUUCUCCCGCUUUCCAUCACCCCGCCCCAUUCUUCCGCUUUCCAUCACCCCGCCCCAUUCAGCCUCUUUCCAUCACCCCGCACCAUUCUCCCUCUUUACAUCAACCCGCCCCAUUCUUCCGCUUUUCAUCACCACGCCCCAUUCUCCCUCUUUCCAUCACCUCGCUCCAUUCCCCCUCUUUCCAUCAGCCCGCCCCAUUCUCCCGCUUUCCACCACCCUUCCCCAUUCUCCCGCCUUCCAUCACCCUGCCCCAUUUUCCCGCUUUCCAUCACCCCGCCCCAUUCUCUUGCUUUCCAUCACCCCGCCCCAUUCUCCCGCUUUCCAUCACCCCGCCCCAUUCUCCCUCUUUCUAUCACCCCGCCCCAUUCUCCCCCUUUCCAUCACUCCGCCCCAUUCUCCCGAUUUCCAUCACCCUUCCCCAUUCUCCCGCUUUCCAUCACCCCGCCCCAUUCUCCCUCUUUCCAUCAGCCCGCCCCAUUCUCCCUUUUUUCAUCACCCCGCCCCAUUCUCCUGCUUUCCAUCACCCCGCCCCAUUCUCCCGCUUUCCAUCACCCCGCCCCAUUCUCCCUCUUUCCAUCACCCUGCCCCAUUCUCCCUCUAUCCAUCACCUCGCCCAAUUCUCCCGCUUUCCAUCACCCCGUCCCAUUCUCCCGCUUUCCAUCACCGCGCCCCAUUCUCCCUCUUUCCAUCACCCCGCCCCAUUCUCCCGCUUUCCAUCACCCCGCCCCAUUCUCCCGCUUUCAAUCACCCCGCCCCAUUCUCCCGCUUUCCAUCACCCUGCCCCAUUCUCCCGCUUUCCAUCACCCCAAGCCAUUCUCCCUCUUUCCAUCACCCCGCCUCAUUCUCCCGCUUUCCAUCACCCCGCCCCAUUCUCCCGCUUUCCAUCACCCCGCCCCAUUGUCCCUCUUUCCAUCACCCCGCCCCAUUCUCCCUCUUUCCAUCACCCUGCCCCAUUCUCCCUCUUUCCAUCACCCCACCCCAUUCUCCCUAUUUCCAUCACCCCGCCCCAUUCUUCCGCUUUCCAUCACCCCGCCCCAUUCUCCAGCAUUCCAUCACCCCGCCCCAUUCUCCCGCUUUCCAUCACCCCGCCCCAUUCUCCCGCUUUCCAUCACCCCGCCCCAUUCUCCCGCUUUCCAUCACCCCGCCCCAUUCUUCCGCUUUCCAUCACCCCGCCCCAUUCACCCUCUUUCCGUCACCCCGCCCCAUUCUCCAGCUUUCCAUCACCCCGCCCCAUUCUCCAGCUUUCCAUCACCCCGUCCUAUUCUCCCGCUUUCCAUCACCGCGCCCCAUUCUCCCUCUUUCCAUCACCCCGCCCCAUUCUCCCGCUUUCCAUCACCCCGCCCCAUUCUCCCGCUUUCCAUCACCCCGCCCCAUUCUCCCGCUUUCCAUCACCCUGCCCCAUUCUCCCGCUUUCCAUCACCCCAAGCCAUUCUCCCUCUUUCCAUCACCCCGCCUCAUUCUCCCGCUUUCCAUCACCCCGCCCCAUUCUCCCGCUUUCCAUCACCCCGCCCCAUUGUCCCUCUUUCCAUCACCCCGCCCCAUUCUCCCUCUUUCCAUCACCCUGCCCCAUUCUCCCUCUUUCCAUCACCCCACCCCAUUCUCCCUAUUUCCAUCACCCCGCCCCAUUCUUCCGCUUUCCAUCACCCCGCCCCAUUCUCCAGCAUUCCAUCACCCCGCCCCAUUCUCCCGCUUUCCAUCACCCCGCCCCAUUCUCCCGCUUUCCAUCACCCCGCCCCAUUCUCCCGCUUUCCAUCACCCCGCCCCAUUCUUCCGCUUUCCAUCACCCCGCCCCAUUCACCCUCUUUCCGUCACCCCGCCCCAUUCUCCAGCUUUCCAUCACCCCGCCCCAUUCUCCCGCUUUCCAUCACCCCGCCCCAUUCUCCCUCUUUCCAUCACCCCGCCCCAUUCUCCCGCUUUCCGUCACCCAGCCCCAUUAUCCCGCUUUCCAUCACCCGCCCCAUUUUCCCGCUUUCCAUCACCCCGCCCCAUUCUCCCGCUUUCCAUCAACCUGCCCCAUUCUCAAGCUUUCCAUCACCUCGCCCCAUGCUCCCGCUUUCCAUCACCCCGCCCCAUUCUCCCGCUUUCCGUCACCCCGCCCCAUUCUUCUGCUUUCCAUUACCCCCCCAUUCUCCCGCUUUCCAUCACCCCGCCCCAUUCUCCCGCUUUCCAUCACUUCGCCCCAUUCUCCCGCUUUCCAUCACCCCGCCCCAUUCUCCCGCUUUCCAUCACCCCGCCCCAUUCUCCCUCUUUUAAUCACCCGCCCCUUUCUCCCUCUUUCCAUUACCCCACCCCAUUCUCCCUCUUUCCAUCAUCCCGCCCCAUUCUCCCGCUUUCCAUCAUCCCGCCCCAUUCUCCCGCUUUCCAUCACCCCGCCCCAUUCUCCCGCUUUCCAUCACCCCGCCCCAUUCUCCCGCUUUCCAUCACCCCGCCCCAUUCUCCCGCUUUCCAUCACCCCGCCCCAUUCUCCCUCUUUUAAUCACCCGCCCCUUUCUCCCUCUUUCCAUUACCCCACCCCAUUCUCCCUCUUUCCAUCAUCUCGCCCCAUUCUCCCGCUUUCCAUCAUCCCGCCCCAUUCUCCCGCUUUCCAUCACCCCGCCCCAUUCUCCCGCUUUCCAUCACCCCGCCCCAUUCUCCUGCUUUCCAUCACCCCGCCCCAUUCUCCUGCUUUCCAUCACUCCACCCCAUUCUCCCGCUUUCCAUCACCCUGCCCCAUUCUCCCGCUUUCCAUCACCCUGACCCAUUCUCCCUCUUUUCAUCAUCCCGCCCCAUUCUCCCUCUUUCCAUCACCCCGCCCUAUUCUCCCUCUUUCCAUCACCCCGCCCCAUUCUCCCGCUUUCCAACACCCCGCCCCAUUCUCCCGCUCCAUCACCCCACCCCAUUCUCCCGCUUUCCAUCACCCCGCCCCAUUCUCCCGCUUUCCAUCACCCCGCCCCAUUCUCCCGAUUUCCAUCACCCCGCCCCAUUCUUCCGAUUUUCAUCACCCCGCCCCAUUAACCCUCUUUCCAUCACCCCGCCCCAUUCUCCCUCUUUCCAUCACCGUGCCCCAUUCUUCUGCUUUUCAUCACCCCGCCCCAUUCUCCCUCUUUCCAUCACCCCGCCCCAUUCUUCCGCUUUUCAUCACCCCGCCCCAUUCUCCCUCUUUCCAUCACCCUGCCCUAUUCCCCCUCAUUCCAUCAGCCCGCCCCAUUCUCCCGCUUUCCACCACCCUGCCCCAUUCUCCCGCUUUCCAUCACCCUGCCCCAUUCUCCCGCUUUCCAUCACCCCGCCCCAUUCUCCCGCUUUCCAUCACCCCGCCAUAUUCUUCCUCUUUCCAUGACCCCGCCCCAUUCUCCCGCUUUCCAUCACGCCGCCCCAUUCUCAUGCUUUCCAUCACCCCGCCCCAUUCUCCCGCUUUCCAUCACCCCGCCCCAUUCUCCCGCUUUCCAUCACCCCGCCCCAUUCUCCCGCUUUCCAUCACCCCGCCCCAUUCUCCCUCUUUUAAUCUCCCGCCCCUUUCUCCCUCUUUCCAUUACCCCACCCCAUUCUCCCUCUUUCCAUCAUCUCGCCCCAUUCUCCCGCUUUCCAUCAUCCCGCCCCAUUCUCCCGCUUUCCAUCACCCCGCCCCAUUCUCCCGCUUUCCAUCACCCCGCCCCAUUCUCCUGCUUUCCAUCACCCCGCCCCAUUCUCCUGCUUUCCAUCACUCCACCCCAUUCUCCCGCUUUCCAUCACCCUGCCCCAUUCUCCCGCUUUCCAUCACCCUGACCCAUUCUCCCUCUUUUCAUCAUCCCGCCCCAUUCUCCCUCUUUCCAUCACCCCGCCCUAUUCUCCCUCUUUCCAUCACCCCGCCCCAUUCUCCCGCUUUCCAACACCCCGCCCCAUUCUCCCGCUCCAUCACCCCACCCCAUUCUCCCGCUUUCCAUCACCCCGCCCCAUUCUCCCGCUUUCCAUCACCCCGCCCCAUUCUCCCGAUUUCCAUCACCCCGCCCCAUUCUUCCGAUUUUCAUCACCCCGCCCCAUUAACCCUCUUUCCAUCACCCCGCCCCAUUCUCCCUCUUUCCAUCACCGUGCCCCAUUCUUCUGCUUUUCAUCACCCCGCCCCAUUCUCCCUCUUUCCAUCACCCCGCCCCAUUCUUCCGCUUUUCAUCACCCCGCCCCAUUCUCCCUCUUUCCAUCACCCUGCCCUAUUCCCCCUCAUUCCAUCAGCCCGCCCCAUUCUCCCGCUUUCCACCACCCUGCCCCAUUCUCCCGCUUUCCAUCACCCUGCCCCAUUCUCCCGCUUUCCAUCACCCCGCCCCAUUCUCCCGCUUUCCAUCACCCCGCCAUAUUCUUCCUCUUUCCAUGACCCCGCCCCAUUCUCCCGCUUUCCAUCACGCCGCCCCAUUCUCAUGCUUUCCAUCACCCCACCCCAUUCUCCCGCUUUCCAUCACCCCGCCCCAUUCUCCCGCUUUCCAUCACCCCGCCCCAUUCUCCCGCUUUGUAUCACCCUGCCCCAUUCUCCCUCUUUCCAUCACCCUGCCCCAUUCUCCCUCUUUCCAUCACCCCACCCUAUUCUCCCUCUUUCCAUCACCCCGCCCCACUCUCCCGCUUUCCAUCACCCCACCCCUUUCUCCCGCGUUCCAUCACCUUGCCCCAUUCUCCCGCUUUCCAUCACCCCGCCCCAUUCUCCCCUUUUCCAUCACCCUGCCCCAUUCUCCCACUUUCCAUCACCCCGCCACAUUCUCCCGCUUUCCAUCACCCCUCCCCAUUCUCCCUCUUUCCAUCACCCCGCCCCAUUCUCCCACUUUCCGUCACCCCGCCCCAUUCUCCCACUUUCCAUCACCCCGCUCAUUUCUCCCUCUUUCUGUCACCCCGCCCCAUUCUUCGCUUUCCAUCACCCCGCCCCAUUCUCUCUCUUUCCAUCACCCCGCCCCAUUCUCCCGCUUUCCAUCACCCCGCCCCAUUCUCCAGCUUUCCAUCACCCCGCCCCAUUCUCCCGCUUUCCAUCACCCCGCCCCAUUCUCCCGCUUUCCAUCACCCCGCCCCAUUCUCCUGCUUUCCAUCACCCCGCCCUAUUCUCCCUCUUUCCAUCACCCCGCCCCAUUCUCCCGCUUUCCGUCACCCAGCCCCACUAUCCCGCUUUCCAUCACCCGCCCCAUUUUCCCGCUUUCCAUCACCCCGCCCCAUUCUCCCGCUUUCCAUCACCCCGCCCCAUUCUCAAGCUUUCCAUCACCUCGCCCCAUGCUCCCGCUUUCCAUCACCCCGCCCCAUUCUCCCGCUUUCCGUCACCCCGCCCCAUUCUUCCGCUUUCCAUUACCCCGCCCCAUUCUCCCGCUUACCAUCACCCCGCCCCAUUCUCCCGCUUUCCAUCACUUCGCCCCAUUCUCCCGCUUUCCAUCACCCCGCCCCUUUCUUCCUCUUUCCAUCACCCCGCCCCAUUCUCCCGCUUUCCAUCACCCCGCCCCAUUCUCCCGCUUUCCAUGGGGCGGGAUGAUGGAAAGCGGGAGAAUGGGGCUGGGUGA